AUGGAUGUUCCAUCUGCGAUUACAUCCUUCAUCAACAUGUUGAACGAGGAGAUACAUGCCCUCAUCCGCAUCGAGUUCUUAGUCGCCCUUGUCACAAUGAUGUUCCUUGCGAUGUUUGUCUUGGACAUUUACCGCUUCCAGCUUCGCAGAUCCACCAUUACCACCAUCAUGGACAUCAUUGAUGGUCUGUCUGGUCGGAUAGUGGUGUAUCUCAUCGGAGCGAUGAACUCUGCAGGUUCCAGGAAUCAGCUCUUUCCUGUCUGGGCCGUGGUGCUGGUGACCCUACGUGAUAGCCUCGAUUAUCUCUCCGGGCACAGCAUCAUGGACCGUCAGCACUGUACCAAGGAGGUGCAAGCGAUUAUCUUUAUCGGAGGAUUUUUCUUUAGUGCUAUGAUGGAGGGCUUGGGGUUUGGGGAUCCAAUCUGGUGGCUCUUCACCAUCCUGCAACUGAGGAGCAUGUACCGGUCUUUCUCACAUCACAGGGCUGUGGAAUCCUUGUGGCAUGGACGGAGCUCAGAGUUCCUCCCAGACUACCUCUACAAGGGAACGGGCGACCAACAAGUCGGGAACAAUAACUUCAACAACACUCAAAAACACCUGGUUUAUGGAGAGUCCGAUCAGAAGACUAAUAUAAAGCAGCCUCAAUACGUUCGACAGCUUGAUGACACCAACCAUGAGUCACUCAUCACACUGGAAAAGAUUUGGGAAUCUUCUGGGCCGCUUCUGAACUCCAGCAAUAGCUGCAGAUACAAGGACAUGAGCCUGGCCUUCACAUUGUCGAGGCUCCUUCGCUGGCUUUUUUCUCUCCCCUUCAUCCUCCUCCAGUCCACCACAAUCUUUGCUGCAGCCUCCUGGCUGGCUGUGGUCAUCAUCUGGAUCAACAGCUUUGAUGGUGGGUUCAAUGUUCAGGUCAUCGCCACAUUGGUAUUCUUGUUCUUCGUCAUGUUCAAGGAGGUCUGGGAGAUGGUCGCAUACUUGCUGUCAAACUGGACAAGGUUACUCCUUGUCUGUAAAUAUGUGCGGAGCCAAUGCUGGUGCCUGGGUUAUGCAGCUCUCACUGAGAAUCUCACAAGAUUAUUCUUCACCUACAAAAUUGUCGAUCCAUGGCACGGACGAAUCGACCAGUUCCAGUUCUUACAGUCAUGUACUUACAAGCCAACCUUCUGGAACCUGGCCCACACUGCUACACUGGGAGUGACUCCAGAGAAAUCUGUUGGGAAAAAAUCUGGUGGUGCCAUCAAGAUCCCUGAAUGUGUAAAGGCAGCUGUCCUUCAGGAGCUCCGUUGCCUAGAUCUAAGCAAUAUCACCGGCUAUGAGCUGCCCAUAGACUUGCUCAAGAGUAAACUCCCUGGAUAUCCGCUGCCUAGAUAG